UUGAGAAUCAUACAUUGACCAAUACAUCGGUUGAUGCUGAGAAAGCAGAAAAUUCACCUUUCCGAAUAGUUACAGCUAAAAUGUUUAUUGAUUUGCCACCUAAAGCUUUUGAAGAUUUCGACCAAAGAGUUUAUACAUAUAUGAACCCACUUGUAAUGCGAUAUGUCGAAGAAUUUGACGGAAUUGUUUUUGCCUAUAAAAAUAUUAAAUGCGAUAUAUCUGGGUAUUUAUAUGAAAAUUCACCAUAUCUGAUUCGACAAUCACCUACACAUAUUGCCCUUUUGCUUUAUGAAUCUUUCAAUGUCAAAAGAUUUCGAGGUUGCAUACCCGAUGAUGUUUUCGAAUGGAGAGAUGAUGAUGAUAAACAAUUAGAAUUAGCUAAAUUAUAUUAA